UCUCUCUCUCUCUCUCUCUCUCUCUCUCUCUGUUUCUAUAGAUAGAUAGAAAUAUAUUUAUAGCCAUGUUUGAGCUUGCACUAACCAGACUGCGCAUGCGGAAAGCAGUGUUUUAUGGGAUGGGUUCUCUGUUUUUCCUCUUUCUUGUGUCUUUCUGCCUUUACUGGGUCAUUCACAGCUGCUCACAGAAUACGACUACAGGUCCUGAAGAUAUCAUUGAAGGCAUCGUUUUUGUAAAUGGAACAACAGCAAUUGGAAGAAUAGAUGAUGACUUCGUUUGUGCCACUCUCGAUUGGUGGCCUCCUGACAAAUGUGACUAUGGAACAUGUAGCUGGGGCCAAGCUUCUAUCCUUAAUCUAGACCUUAACAACAAAGUACUAAUGAAUGCCAUCAAAGCAUUUUCUCCCCUGAAAAUAAGAGUUGGUGGCACCUUACAAGACAGAGUGAUAUACGAAAGAGAAGGCAAUCCACAACCAUGUACCCCAUUUGUCAAAAAUACUUCAGAGUUUUUAGGCUUCUCUCAAGCCUGCUUGCCUCUGUCUCGCUGGGACCAACUCAACAUUUUCUUCAACAAAACCGGGGCUGUUGUUGUUUUUGGUCUGAAUGAACUAAGCGGGAAGACCAGAGAUUCCCAAGGUGCUACUGUAGGAGCUUGGAAUUCCAGUGAUGCCGAGUCUCUUAUACGAUAUACUGUCAACAAGGGGUAUACCAUUCAUGGUUGGGAGCUUGGAAAUGAAGUGAGUGGACGUGGAAUUGGAACAAGUGUUUCAUCAGAUGAUUAUGCAGCAGACCUAAACUCUCUCCAAAAAAUAGUGCAAGAUAUUUAUGCUGGUUUUGAAGUAAAACCCCAAGUGAUAGCACCAGGAGGCUUCUUUGACGCAGACUGGUUCACUGCAUUCAUACAGAAAACACCUAAAUCUCUUCAAGUAGUUACCCACCACAUUUACAGCCUUGGUCCAGGCAGUAAUGAUCACCUUAUUGAGGAGAUCCUAGAUCCAUCUACACUGGACAGCAUAUGGCAGACUUUUGGAAGACUUCAAAGCAUUCUGAAGAAUACUGGGACUCCAGCAGUUGCAUGGGUUGGGGAAGCUGGGGGAGCUUAUAACAGCGGCCAUAAUCUCGUCACUAAUUCUUUUGUUUUUAGCUUCUGGUACUUAGACCAGCUUGGAAUGGCAUCAUCUUUUGAUACCAAAACAUAUUGCAGACAAACAUUGAUAGGUGGAAACUAUGGCCUCCUCGACACCUCCACCUCUGUUCCAAAUCCCGAUUACUACAGUGCCCUUCUUUUUCACCGAUUAAUGGGAAACAACGUUCUGUCCACAAGCUUCUCGGGAACAAGUAAAAUACGUGCUUAUGCUCACUGUUCAAAGAAAACGCAAGGAAUCACGUUGCUUCUGAUCAACCUAGACGGUAACACUACAUUUCACGUGCGUGUGUCGACUGAAAAUGGUACCAGUAACCUCAUGACUACAACUACACAAGAAAAUCAAAGUCCAAGAACAAAAUUGGCUACAGUGGCUGGAGGGCCUGUAAUUGGUAAGAGUACAAGGGAAGAAUAUCACUUGACAGCAAAAGAUGGGGAUUUACACAGCCAAACAAUGCUUCUAAAUGGGAAAAUACUUGCUGUAGAUUCAACUGGGGAUAUUCCACCAUUGGAACCAAUACAUGUAAAUGAAUCAGAUCCAAUAGCUGUUGCUUCUUUCUCCAUUGUAUUUGCUCAAAUACCUUAUAUUAACUUCCCUGCCUGUAAGUAAUUGAUCAAUCCCACUUUCAAGUA